AUGCUUCAACAUUUAUCAACUACUAGUCCUUAUGUUUGUGAUUUAAGUCGUGGGCCUAUUGAACCAGCAAAUCGUAUGGCCUCAACACCCACCAACAAAAUAAAUGUUUUACUUGAACAAAAAGAAAGUUUUUCGAAAACACGUACACCUCUUAAACUUCUUGGACCGGAUGAAAUACCAAUCGAUAUUACUAUAACAACAAAUGAUAUUAAUGCAAGUCUUCAACCUGUAUGGUAUACAGAACAAACUAUUGUUGAUGAUCACCACGUACAACAAGAAGAUAAUACAUCAACAAUUCAAGAAAAAUCUCGAACAACCUUAACACGUGCAACAUUACCACCAAAACAAAGUGAAAGUCCAUCAAUAAGUGAAGAUGAUGAACUUCCAUCAAAUCAACCAUCAUUAAUGCAUAAAUCAUUAACAUUUACUAUUGAACCAUCGAUAAAUGUUGAUUCACAAUCAGAUGAUUUAGAAAAAGAAAAUCUUAAUACUGAUGAUAACAAACCGUCAAUCGCAGCAGCCCCAUCUGAUGAAUCAUUUCGUGCACUUGAACAUCUCUUAGGUCUUGGUUCAUCAACAACUAUUCGUGAAUCACCUAAACCAAAUCAUGAUACACUUUCAUUAACUGUUGUUACACCAACUGAUAUUAUUAAUUCAACAACAACAUCAUUACGUAUGAGUUAUGCACCAAAAACUACAACAGAUAAUUUACCAUUAUCACAAGAUAUUCCAAUUAUGCCAAUUAUUGAAAGUAUAAAUUCAACAAAUCCACCAUCAUUUCUUAUGGAUAACACUGCAAAUGAAGAGGAACAAGCAUCAACAACAAUAAAUCAACAAGAUUCAUUUGAUAAUAUUGAAAAUAAAACAAAUACAGAUGAUGAAACAGAUUUUUCAUUUGAAUUAAAUGAUUUUUCGAAUAAUUCAAAACCUGAAUCAAUCGUUAAUGUUCCUGAACCACCAAGUCAACCAAUGAUUACAAUUCGUGCACCAACAUGUGCUGACGUUGCUUAUCGCGCUUUAAUUAAACCACGAUCAAGUGCUAGAAUAUCUCAACCAGUUAAAGUUGAUUCACCAUUAGCAACAUCAAUUAAACCUCGUUCAUCAGCUCCAGCAUCACGUAUUCUUCGUUCAAGCUGUCGUCGUAUAUCUACUGAUUCUUCAUCACAAAAUUCAAUCGUUCAAGGUAAUUAUUCAAUAAAACAAUCACCAGCAAACAACGAAUGUUUUGUGAAUAAUGAAAAUGGAACAAAUACUGAAAAACAAAAUGAAUUUGUAGAAAUUAUUAGUGUACUUGAAGAAGAUGAAAAUGAACAAGAAAAAACAAAUUCAAUUACAUUAAAUCUUACUUCAUCAAAAUCAACUGAUGAAAUUAAUCAAAAUAUGUCUAAUCAAAUGGAACAAAUUUCUACACCAAUUAAAUCAUUAAUGCCACUAUUAUCACGUGAAUAUACAUAUAAUACACCAAAACGUCGUCAAUCACAACGUCGUCGCUCAAUGUUAAAUUCUUCAUCGAAUUCAUCAAUGCUCACUGAACAAACAACUAUAAAUGAAGAAGAAUCUAAAUCACCAACAAUACCAUCAAAAUCAAUGUUAAAUAUUCUUUUAACAAAUACAACUGAAACUGAACAAAAAUCAUUAACAAAUAUACAAACACUUUCACCUGUUCAAUCAACAACAAAAUCUCCAUCAGUCACAUCAAAAUCAAUGUUAGGCAUUCUUUUAACAAAUCCAACUGAUAUUGAACAAAGUGUUUUACAAGAAACAUCAAUAAGACCAUUAAAUCGUGUAUCAACACGUAAAAGUAAACGUUUAUCAACAAAUUUAACACCAAGAGUUAGUAUUAAUCCACUUCAUUCAUCAACACCAUCAACAACAAAACGACAUAAAUCUUUACAAAUGGUUUCAAUUGGAGAACAAGAACAGGUUUUAACAACUGUUCCACAACACAUUAAUAACGAUGAUCAAGAAAUUGAAAUAAUACCACUUAAUAAAACUGAAGAAAGUAUUCAACAACCAAAAACUCCUCGUACAAUUGAUACUAGUGUUCAAACAACGCCAAGUCUUAAUACAUCAUCACGUCGUUAUUUAAAUACAAUUGAACAACAAACAACACCAAUUGUUCAAAUAAAUAAAUCAAAAUCAAGUAUUAUUAUUCAUGAACAACAACAACAAAUAUCAUCAAUGCAAACAGAAAUGGUUAUGAGCUUACAACGUAAUGUACGUUUUCAAUUAACACCAACAACUGAUGCACGUUUAGUUGAAAAAGAAAAACUUGAAGAAACUUUACGUGGUUUAAAACCAGAUAUUAUCAUUAAUCCAAUACCAAUUAUAACUCUACCAAAACAAGAAACUGUUAAAUCAGUUAAAUCUAUUCGAACGAAAAAAAAUUCUAAAGCAAAUAAAAAAGUAGUUACAAUGAAAAAGAAAAAAGUCAUAUCAAAUAAGAAAUCACAAGUGAAAAAACCUUUAAAACGACUUUCACCAACAAAAGUUUUAAAGAAAAAACCUGAAAGUACUCGAACAAAAAAACGUUCUCAACGAAAACGACUUAAUCUUGAAGUUACAAUUGAACCAGCUGCUAAACGUACUAAAACUUCAAAACCCAUUCAAAUUCCUUUACCAUCAUUGACUCCACCAAAAACACGAACUGCUUUAACAAAUAAUAAAAAACAUAAGUCUGAAUCAGUUGAACGACAUGCUAAACCACCAACUGUUCCAAAAACUAAUAAACAAAACAAAUCUGAACAAAAACGACGUGCUUCGAAAAACAAUAAGACUGAAUUAGUUAAACAAGAACAACCAAAAGCUUUAACAAACAAUAAUAAUAAUAAUAAACGUGAAUCAAUGAAACGACAACGAAGUACUUCUGCUAAGAAUAAAGCUCAAUCAAGUGCUUCUGAACACAAUAAGCCUGAACCGAUUAAACAAAAACGAAAUGCCAUGAAGAAGAAUGCAUCAGAAUUAAGUACUCGGGAAAAGAAGAAGCCUGAACCGAUUGAACAAAAACAACAUAUUUCGGAAAAGAAUAAAGCCGAACCUGUUAAACAAACACGAAGUGCUUCAAAACAGAAAAAAUCAGAAGCAAGUGCAUCGGAAAAUAAACCUAAACCAAUCGAACAAAAACGACGUGCUUCAAAGAAGAAUACAACUGCAUCAAGCUCUUUGGAAAAGAGCAAAUCGGAACCAGUUAAACUAACACGAGCUGCCUCGAAAAACAAGAAAUCUGAACCAAUUGAACGACCAGUAGAAAUAACUGUUGAACCAAAAAUUACUGAAUUAAUAAUUAAAACAAGAAAACGUCGAUUGGAAAGUGUUGAAAAAAAUGAAGCAUCGAAAAAGAAAGUUGAAAUUCAAAACAUUGAAGUAAAUCAAGAUGAACGACAAAAGAUGGAAGAAUUAACUGUUGCUGAACUUAAAUCUCGAUUAAAUAAACAUAAAGAAGAUAUACCAAAACGUGCGAAGAAAGCUGAUCUUAUCGCUUUACUUAUGAAAAUAGAGACGAAUUUACUUAAAGAACGAAAAGAAGUUGAAGCACCAAUUGUUAAAAUUAAUGGAAAUUCUUGGUUUAAAGAUGAUCAAAAUGAAAUGGAUACAUCAAGUUAUACUGGUUUACCAAAUAAACUUUUUCAAGGUUUAACAUCAGUUAAAUCAACAUUAACAACUGGUCAUAUUCUUGAAAAAUCCGAAAAAACAUUUAUUGAAAAAAAUGAUAGAUUUCAUCAUCAUAUGGCACGUAGUGUUUUAGGUAUUCAAGCACCAUUAAAAUUACAAACAGAAUUACAAAUAGCUAAUAAACUUGGUCGUCUUCCAUGUUUACCAAGUUCACGUUUAAUGGUUGAUGUAUUACGUGGUACAAAUGAAGAUAUUUCAUUUGAUGAUAUAUUAAAUAAUCCAUAUGAAUUUGGUGAACGUCAAGUAGAUCCACAUUUAGCUAUGGAUAAACAAGAUCAAUUAUUUUAA